GUGCUGUGUUGCAUCAAGCGGAAGAGAUAAAGGCAUGGAUGAAGGGUAGAGAAAGCGGCUUCUGUGACCAUAUUUAUUUAUAUAUAUCUGAUCGUGACAGUUAUUCUUUCGUAGGCAUCUUUGCUUUAAAUAACUGGACCUACAGCCGUGCUUGUGCCAAACAAGAAGAUGUAUCGCGUAAUAAAUUGAUAGUAACGCACCAGAUUCCGGGCGCCACACGUGUUCCUGAAGGAUUACACCUCACUGUUGUCUACUUUGAUUGUUGUUAAGGAAUUUCCUCUAAAAUACCUCACAUUCCACGACGUCUUUUGAGAACAAGAAAUGGAGAAGCAGCCCUUGCCCACAGAUGAUGACCAGACUGAGACUGGAGUCUAUGGGGCUGAACACAGACAGCAGGACCCUGAGCCAGCCGCACGAGCGGGUUGGAACAGUAAAAUCGAGUACUUUUUGGCCCAAGUAGGCUUCAGUGUGGGUCUCGGGAACGUGUGGCGGUUUCCAUAUUUGUGUCACCAGAACGGAGGAGGAGCCUUCCUCCUCCUGUACAUUCUGCUGAUGCUGGUGGUGGGUAUCCCCCUGUUUUUCCUGGAGCUGGCCGCGGGACAGGCCAUCAGACAGGGCAGCAUUGGCGUGUGGAAAUACAUCUCACCAAGGUUGUCUGGGAUUGGCUACUCCAGCUGUGUGGUGUGUUUCUUUGUUGCUCUUUACUACAAUGUAAUUCUUGCUUGGAGCCUCUUCUACAUGGGGAACUCAUUCCAGUACCCUUUACCUUGGGAACAGUGUCCAAAUGAGGCCAAUGCUACAGGUAAAUACUCCUUUACAGCCAGCCACACAUACAUUGAUGGGAGCUGUUUCAAUAUAGAUGUUUUUGUCUCUGUCUCAGUAAAAGAGUGUGAAAAGAGCUCUCCCACAUCAUACUUCUGGUACCGUAAAGCUCUGGAUAUCACUGACUCAAUUGAUGAGACAGGCACGUUCAACCCUUACAUUGUGGGCUGUCUGCUGGGGGCCUGGAUCAUUCUGUGCCUGGGAAUGUUUAGAGGAAUCAAAAGUUCUGUCAAGAUUAUGUACUUCUCUUCCAUAUUUCCGUAUGUGGUGCUGUUUUGUUUUCUUGUCCGUGGACUCAUGUUGGACGGUGCCAUGGAGGGCAUCACCCACAUGUUUUACCCAAAGAUUGAAAUUUGGGGGAACAUACAGGUCUGGAGACAGGCUGCCACUCAGGUGUUUUUUGCCCUUGGUCUGGGCUUUGGGUCCAUUAUUGCCUACUCGUCCUAUAAUCCUAAAAACAAUAACUGCCAUAGAGAUGCUUUCACUGUCUCCUUCAUCAACUUCUUGACAUCAGUACUGGCCACUCUGGUUGUAUUUGCAGUGCUAGGCUUUCGUGCCAAAGACAAGGUCAAGGAAUGUAUCUCUAGUAAUAUGAUGCAGCUGUCGGAGAGAUUUGACAGUGGGAUGGUCGACAUAAGCAUUAUGCCAAAAUUCAACAUGUCAGACUUGAGUUCUGUGGCUCCUGAAGACUACACUUCCUGGUUUUUAAAAUAUGGCCAACACAUCCCAGGCAAUUUAACUGAGUGCAGUUUGGAAAACGAGAUGCAAAAGGGUGUGGAAGGUACUGGUUUGGCCUUUAUAGCAUUCACUGAAGCUAUGACACUGCUUCCUGGCAGUCCUUUCUGGUCUGCCUUGUUCUUCCUCAUGCUGCUCAACCUGGGACUCAGCACAAUGUUUGGUACUAUGGAGGGCAUUCUGGCCCCACUCAGUGACCGCUUUAAGACACUGGCCAAUAACAAGACAAAACUCACAGUGUUCAGCUGUGUUAUUGGCUUUCUGAUUGGCCUGCUCUUCACUCAGCGCUGUGGAAACUACUUUGUCACCAUGUUUGACGACUACUCUGCCACUCUGCCCCUCAUCAUAGUGGUGAUGUUUGAGACCUUCAGUGUGUCGUGGUUGUAUGGAGCCGAUAGGUUUCUUGAUGAUUGUGAGGGGAUGCUUGGAUGGCGGCCACAUGUUAUCUACAAAUACUUGUGGAAAUACAUUUGUCUGCUUUCAAUGGUGGGUCUGCUGUUGGCCACAACAAUCCGCAUGUUUAUUAAAAGACCAACGUACAUGGCAUGGAAUCAUGAAACAGCCUCCGAGGAGUACCUAGACUAUCCUGACUGGGCAUUGGCUGUUCUGGGUUUGCUGAUCAUUUUUGCCAUGAUGCCUGUCCCUCUGUGCUUCAUCUACUCAGUGUUGCAGGACAGAAUGAGGCGAUCUGAAAAUGUAGAAAAUACAGGGUACAGCAUGGUCAGUACAGAUGACAAGUGUGAGACUCCCCUCACUGACAUGUCAGAACUGGAGCAAAGAAAUGGAUCUGCGGCCAUGUACUUGUAAAUCUGUUACAGGUUCUUCGUUACACACUACAUCAGGGGUCUCCAACCUUAUAGCCUUAAGCCUGUAGCUCCCCAAAGGAAAUGUAUGUAAAUGUAUAAUUUAAAUGUCUAAUUUUAUACAUUGAUAUAUUGAUGUAUGGGUUAUGUUUAUAGCCAUGUAAAUAUACCCCAUCUAAAUCUAUAGUUCUUACCUUUAUAAAAGCUCAAUUUCGUGGAACACCUAAAAGAAAUAGCUCUGCCAUUUUCGUUUUGUAAAAGUAGCUCACCAGGGGGAAAAAGGUUAGAGACUCCUGCUUUACAGGAUUGUGGUUUUAGAUCAGAUUAUUCAAUAAUCUUUUUUAAGAAUAAGCCAUAACACAUUGUUACUGCAGUUUGCUGUAACAGUGUGUUCCUUUUACCUCAUUUUGUUUUUAUUCCAUUGUUACCGUCAAUGAUUUGAAAUGUGCAUUUACAUUUCAAACUAUUUGGAGAAAAAUUUACUAGUAAAUCCUGCCCAUUCAGGAGGAUAAUAUUUAUUACAAUUACCACCCUAAAUACUUUGCCUCAGAAGAAAUUCUCAAAUGUUCUUGGUAUCUCUGGUGCAGAUAUAUCAUCCAAAAAAUCCUGCUGUUAGUAACAGGAAAAUGUGUGAGUUUGUACUGUGUGCUGAGACCGAGACCUCUUGCUUCACACUGACACUAUUGUUUUGCGUAUUCAUAACAGUGAGAACUGGAACAUGAUCAGUAGAGCACAGACCCACUGUAUAGCCAAGAAGAUACUAAAGGUUAUUGCACUCUAAACUACAGUAUUAAUGUGAACCACAUUGAGAAACGUUUGCAGCUUUAAUAAUGCUCCUGAGCUGUAAAGGUCUCAUGUCUUCCUUUGAGAUCACAAACAAAUGUUGCUAGAAUGAGCACAAAUGCCAAAUAUUAGUUGAACUGCUUUGGUAAAUAUAUGGACACUGGUGAGAAUAGUGUCUAAUGUAAUAAAUUUAUAAAUAAAAGGGCAUUAACAUGGCCUAGAACAAAGCACAGAAUAGUGAUACAUUCUUUUAAAGAAAUUAUUUUUAAACUUCAUGGCUGGAUUAUGUUUUUGUUGGUGUACUGUAAUAUUACUGCUGUGCGUUUCUUGUAGAUUUAAAUUAUGUUGUAUGUACAAUAUGAAGUGCCUUCGGCUUUUUACUGAUGAUGAAUCUUUGAUAUCAGCACAUUCCAACACACAGUAUGUAUAGUUUUUAUGACCAUCCAAUUACCUUGAGUAUAAUUGUCUUGUAGAUUUGUUUGUAAAGGGAGAAAUGAAAACAAAAAUGUAAUAUAAUACCUUGUAAUAUACGUGUGGACUUUUUAAUAAAUACAUUUUGAG